CCCGGCUGGGGGUCACAGAAGCCUGUCUCGCAUUUCACUCUGCGUCCUAAAGCGUGGGCGAAAAAACGGAUGCCCGUACAUAAGAUCUGAAGUUCUUCUUUUCUGUGUGAAGAAGAGAGCAUCUCUGAAGCAUCCUUUAUCCUCAGCUGACGGAUUAUCAUCUUUCUUAAGAUAAAGUUCCCAUAUACGGUUAUCUUUUAUGAAGUGCUAGUGUUUUGGUGUUUUCUCUAGAAUGAGGGCCCUUCUGGGUGCUCUGUGGGCCCUGGUUGUUGUCGCUGUAGUAGUACACGCACAGGACUAUAAUGAAAGUUAUGACGACACAGCUUGUGAUUACAAUGGAGAGUAUUAUGAGAAUGGAGAAGAAUGGAAUCCCGAUCCGUGUACAUUAUGUAAAUGUCUUCUUGGAAACACCGUUUGCGAGGAAGAAGCUUGUCCUGACAUAGAAUGCAAAACUCAAAAAUACAUUCCCCUUGGUAAAUGCUGCCCUAUAUGUGUAGAAGAUGAUGAACCAGCUCAACCUGAACAAACUGUAUUACCCGUGGAGCCUCCUUCAGAACCUGUUGAUGGACACCGAGGGGCAGUUGAACCACCCACCUAUCCUCUCGUACCACUUCCUGGACCAAGGGGCACCCAAGGGGAACGAGGAACACCUGGAUAUCCUGGAGAAAGGGGUGAACCUGGAGAAAUUGGUUCGCAUGGAGUUCCUGGAAGACCUGGACCACCCGGCCCUCCCGGAGAUUUGAGCGCCUGGUUUCAAAGUCUGGCUGUGCAGCAGGGUCUUGGCGGUGAAAAGGGACCUCCUCCGGAUGCAUUUCAGUUCAUGCAAGCACAAGUGGGCCCAGUUGGACCAAGGGGAUCACCAGGGCCGGCAGGACCUUCAGGACCACAAGGUUUUCAAGGAGCUCGUGGUGAAACUGGAGAGCCUGGACCACCCGGUACUCUAGGGCUAUCUGGAGAAAGAGGACUUCCCGGUCUUCCUGGUAAAGAUGGUGAACCUGGCGAAGAUGGAAGACCUGGCCCCUCUGGGCCUCCAGGACCUCCAGGUCCUCGAGGUCUUCCUGGAAUGCCUGGAGUUCCCGGAGCUAAAGGACACCGAGGAUUUCCUGGCCUAGAUGGAUCAAAAGGAGAACAAGGUCCUCAAGGAGAGAAAGGAAUGCAAGGUCCGUCAGGAAAAAUGGGAGCUACCGGCUUAUUGGGUCCCCCUGGUCCAAGAGGUGAAAGGGGACGUGAGGGCCCUACUGGCCCACCAGGAAUAAGAGGUAUUGAUGGCCUGCCGGGACCUCCUGGUCCACCGGGGCCCAUCGGAAGACCGGGACCUCCGGGAUUUCCUGGUUCACCUGGUGCAAAGGGAGAUGCAGGACCUGGUGGACCAAAGGGGAACCAAGGAUUGCAAGGACCCCGUGGAGAGGCUGGUAAACCAGGUUUACCUGGGGAACAAGGACCAAUGGGACCGUCAGGAAAAGAUGGAGCUUCUGGCGAAAAAGGAUCUCAAGGUGAAAGUGGAGCAGCUGGCCCACCUGGUUUUCCUGGUGCUCGCGGACCUCCUGGAUUGUCGGGCAGUCCCGGAUUAACUGGACCGAAAGGAUCACCUGGUAUUCCAGGAGAGCCUGGAAUAAAAGGAGAAACAGGGCGUAAAGGAGAACAAGGAGGACCUGGACCAAGGGGCUUGCCAGGAACACCUGGUCAAGCCGGAAAAAGAGGAAAAUCUGGAGCCCCCGGAUCCCCAGGCCCGAAUGGACCUCCAGGAGAACGUGGUUUGGCUGGCUCUCGUGGACUUCCUGGACCGGAUGGACCUGCAGGAAUGAAAGGAGCUCAGGGUGACAGAGGACCACAAGGUCCUCAGGGACCUAAAGGCUCUCAGGGUGAAUCUGGUAGGCCAGGACCACAAGGUUUACAAGGAUUAAGGGGAUUAGCUGGAAGGCCUGGACUUCCUGGCAAAGAUGGAACUCCUGGUGAAAGAGGUCAACCAGGGGCUGAUGGAAAACCUGGUGAGCCUGGACCACAAGGUAUCCAAGGUCUGCCUGGCCUUAUGGGUUUACCAGGAGCUAAAGGAGAUCAGGGAGAAGCUGGACAAGAUGGGCAACCAGGACCUUCCGGUCCACCCGGACCCAGAGGAGAUUCUGGAAAGGAAGGAACGCCAGGUCCACCGGGACCCGCUGGGCCACCUGGAGAACAUGGGGAACGAGGACCUCCGGGACCUCAAGGAGCAGCUGGAUUUCAGGGUCUUCCUGGCAUAACAGGAAAUCCUGGCCAACCAGGAAAAGAUGGAGAGCCAGGGCUACCAGGAUCACCUGGCGCUCCCGGGCCGGCUGGUGAGCGAGGUGAAAGAGGAUUCCCUGGUGAGAGAGGUUUACAAGGAGUAAUGGGUCCACCAGGUGCUAGAGGUGACACAGGACCACUAGGUCAAGACGGCAUUCAAGGUCCCCCUGGUGAAAAAGGCUCUAAAGGACACUCUGGUCCAUCAGGUUUACUGGGAUUACCUGGCUCAAGAGGAGAACCAGGUCCCAGAGGUCCAAAAGGAGAUAGAGGGGAUCAUGGACCACCAGGUCCUGAAGGUCCCCAAGGAAGACCUGGAGAUCAAGGACCGCAAGGAUUGGUAGGACCUACUGGACCACCUGGCGAAUCUGGAGAAAAAGGUGAAACAGGACCACCAGGUCCUGAUGGACAACCCGGAUCUCCAGGUGUUCAAGGGGAUAGAGGAGCACCAGGCCCACCAGGACAACAAGGCUUCCCUGGUCCAGUCGGAUUGCCUGGAGCAACUGGAAUUAAGGGAGCUCGAGGACUUGCAGGACCAAAAGGGGACCAAGGAAAUGUUGGACUUCCUGGAUCACCCGGAGAAACUGGACCCCAAGGACAGCCAGGACUUCGUGGACCAAAAGGUCCAAGAGGAGAAGAAGGAAAAAAAGGAGAUGCCGGCUUCCCUGGAGCACCAGGCCGUCCUGGAGAACCUGGUCAUCCUGGUUCACCUGGUAAUCCCGGACCAUCUGGACCGCCUGGAAUAACUGGAAUAAAGGGAGCCCCUGGUGAUAGUGGUAAGCCUGGAAAUCCUGGACCACCUGGCAAUCCUGGGCAACCAGGAUUUCCUGGUCCCAAAGGAGAAGCGGGAUCUGAAGGAGUACCUGGUUUGACUGGUCCUCCAGGACCCGCUGGUCCAGCCGGAGAUCGAGGAUUGCCUGGUAUUCCUGGUGUACAAGGUCGACCUGGUCCUCCUGGACCUCGAGGAUCUCCUGGUGAUCGUGGUAUGGAAGGUAAAAGUGGCUCUGAUGGACCUCCUGGAGCUCAAGGUCUCCGUGGGCCUCCUGGACCCCCAGGACCAUCUGGAGAAUCUGGACCACAAGGCCAUCCUGGAAAAGAAGGACAACCUGGAAUAUCUGGAAGACCAGGAGAUAAAGGGCCACCAGGACCUGCUGGAAACCCGGGACCACCUGGAAUACAAGGAAUUCAAGGACCACCUGGACCCCUUGGCCCAACUGGACCCGUAGGAGAAAGAGGUGAGCGAGGAGAAACGGGACCACGAGGAGUGCCGGGACCACAGGGUGUUAGGGGUCAACCAGGACCCAGUGGACCAGCUGGAAUGAAAGGUGAACGUGGUGAUGCUGGAGAACAAGGCAUGAAGGGUCAUCGAGGUCUAAUUGGUCUUCAAGGAAUGGCUGGACAACCUGGUGUUUCUGGUGAGAAGGGCAUGACAGGACCUCCUGGCCCUCCUGGAAUGGAAGGUCCUCCAGGAUCUAAGGGUCCCCCUGGUAGAGAUGGAAGUCCAGGAAAUCCUGGUUUAAUAGGUCCCGUCGGUCCUAGAGGUCACUCUGGUGAUUCUGGCAAGCCAGGUCCAGUUGGAGCACCAGGGCCUCCUGGUUUACCAGGACCUCCUGGGGAACCAUUCGGGUACGAAGCAAGUGCUUUGGCUGCCCUGUUUAGCCAAGGACAAAUGAAAGGUCCAGAUCCAGCUUUAGGCGACGAACCAGACAAACUGUUUUCACCCGACACUCCCAUUGAAGAGAAACAACGAUUGGUGUUCGAGUUCUACGAUAAACUUAUUCAGGAAUAUGAAGAAUUCAGGAAGCCCAACGGAGAAAAAAAGAAUCCAGCUACAACUUGCAAAGAUCUGUUUGUUGCCCAUCCAGAACUACCAAGCGGAACCUAUUGGGUGGAUCCUAACCAAGGAGAUCCUAAAGAUGCCAUCCAAGCUUUCUGCAAUUCUGAAAGUAGAGCCACGUGUGUCUCAGCUAGACCUGAACAGAUCAAAAAGGGCAAUUACUUCAUUGGAAAGAAGCAAGAAACAUGGUUUAGUACAAUGAAUGGUGGUUUCACGUUCAACUACAAAGCUGAUCGAAUCCAACUCAGUUUCUUACAACUCCUCAGUCAGAAUGCAGAACAAAAUGUGACUGUUCAUUGCAAAAAUGUUUUCGUUCAUAAAGACGCCAAGAAAAGUAGCCAGAGGGCUGCCAAGUUAAUGGCUUACAAUGACAUCGAAUUGACAGCAGAUGGAAAUCCUAUGUUCACAUAUACAUCGAUAUUAGAUAAUUGCCAGCUGCGAGAAAACAAAUGGGCUCAAACGGUCUUACACUAUGAAACAGAUAAACCACAAAGAUUGCCAGUUGUUGAUCUAUCUCUAACAGACAUCGGUGGAAGAAAUCAAGAAUUUGGAUUCGAUCUUGGACCUGUGUGCUUCUCUUAACGUGGCAUGCCAUUUUUGUGAUAAAAGUAUUUAGAGAAGCCGAAAAGAAAAAAAAAACACUUUUUGCUGAAAACUCACUGUUGCACAGAAUACCAAACACUGCCAAAUAUUUAUCAUAAACUUUAUUUUUGUCGCAUCAUUUUAUUAUUUUUUUAUAACUUAAAAGGACCCCGUACUUUAAUGAGUAUUGAAAGGAAAGUAUUGAUCAUCACUCGUCACAAAUCAGCUUUUGUUGUGUUUCAUUCGAGGCACUUUACUGUAAAUCUUGUAAUGAAUCUGUAAUAAAUUAUAAUUUGUUGUUUUUA